AUGGCAGACCGCAGACACAGGCGGCGGGGCACCAUCCGAGAACCAGCUAGUGUGCUUGAGGUCCUGGGGGACGAGAAUGGCGACGGCAAUGAGAGCAAUCUCACGCAGCAGGGCGUCGCAACCAUCAUCAUGCAUGCAGCGAUGCUCUUCCUGGACACGCCUCGCUGCCUGGAGCAGCUGUUGCACUGGCGAAAAGAGGUCAGCAAGCCCAAGAUUGGGGUCUGCCUGGCCAAGACACCCUUCAUAGCGCGGCUGCUGCACCUGAUCAUGGAGGAGACACGAUUAUACGGCGUUGGCAGCAAUCAGCUGCCACCACACGUGGGGGAGAACCUGGCGGAUAUGCUCGUACAGGUUUGGCAGCACAUGACUCCUCAGACCAUGUCGGAGGACGAAGUCGAGGCAAUGAUGGUGGCAGUGGAACGGGUAGCAAAGCAAUGGCACGAGGCGCCUACGUCAGUCCUGGUAGCAUCUUCGCCCCACUUACCCCGCAUGCUUCACACGAUCCAACUGUACACCAAACGAGCCCUGGAGCUUUCGAUCAAAGUCCUAGAGUCUCCUGCAUAUAAAACUGCGCGCCUGCGGCUGCAAGAACUGCAGGCGCGCAUUCAGGUUGAGGUCGGCGCCUGGUCCCGCUUGGCGGCGGCCCCGCUUCACAGCGCGUUGCCGGGGCCUCUGAAAACGAUCCGAGUACCGCCCGACGCCGUCCAACGGCCGUCCACCGCAUCCGUCGCGGCCCCUCUGGCAAACUGGGUCAAGGUCGGCCCGGGCCGCGUGCGGCCGUGGUCCGCGCAGUUGCAGCUCGCGUCGCCGAAGGCGCGGCUGCCCCUUCCCUGGAAAGGGGAAGGCGCGAAGCAUCCCAAAGCCUCCCUGGAGCAAACCCUGAAACCCUUGGCGCCCGAGUUCCUCGCGUCGCGGCCCGCGCGAAGCGACAAGAGCGGCGGCAACGAGACACCAAACGAGAAGGAGAGGGAGGAGCAAGUGGCGAUUCGGCGGCGGCUGCAGUCGGCCAUCGUGAUCAAGCGGAAUCUCAUCGCCUACAUGAACCGGCGAGCGACAGCCAAGCUGGCUGAGACCCACCGUGAGUACUGCGAGCGCGUGCUCGCGCAGGGCCGCUCCACGUCAUCGGCCCUCUUAUCCGACCUGCGGUACAUGCAAGAGCAAGUGGGGGCAGGCGUGGGACAAGGAAAGCAGCAGGGCCCGCUGCCAGGGCCGGAGAAUCUUGACGUCAUCUCCGAAGAAGAGCAGGAUGAGUUUCGGCAAUAUCUGCAGAAAGCAGGCAUCCGCUAG